AUGUGGCUGAUGAUCGGCUUCACGAUCCUGGCGUCCACGGGCAGCAACUUCGCCAAGGUGCUGCAGAAGAAGGCCACGCGCAGCCUGCCGCGCCUCACCAUGGACGCCGCCUCUCUCAGGCAGUACCUGAACAACCGGGACUGGGCGACGGGCGUGGCCCUCGACGUCGCGUCGGCGCUCGUCAUGGCCGUGGCGGCCGCCAACACGCCGGUGUCCAUCCUUGUUCCCAUUCAACCUGUUGGCCUGGUGUUCCUCGCUGUGUUCUCCCAUUUUUAUCUCAAGGAACAGAUGCAGCGAUGGCAGGGGUGGUGUGCGUUCACAUGCUGCAUAGGGAUCAUGGGCCUAGGCUUCACAGCAGUGCCAAGUAGCAGUGAGGAUGUGGAUGGCCCAAGGGUGGCAUUGACAGUGCUACUCGUGUGGGCAGCCGUAGCUGUUUCAUCAGCAUUGCGGCAGUUGAAAAGGCAGAAGAUGCCAGAGGAUGAUGGGCCUCUUGCGCAGGAAGGGAUGUGGUGUGGCCUUGAAGCAGGGAUGUUUUUUGGGUUGUCGACAGUGUCAUGCAGGACAGGCUUCCUCAUGUCCAGGGUGUCUCUCCUGUUUGCCCCAUUGGGCCUGGCAUUUGCUGCUUUCUUUACAAGCUCCGGCUUUGUGCUCCAGACGAAAGGCCUAAAGGAUGGCAACACUGUUAUGGUGUGCACAUUUCUGUCUGUGUCCAGCAUGGUGUCAGGGGUUCUGAUUGGUUUGCUGGCACUGGAUGAGAAGCUGCCAGCGACUCGAGGGGCCCAGACCAUCCAAUUCUUGAGCUGGGUGUGCUUGCUGGGCGGUGCAACUGUCUCCAACACUGGUCCAGAGGCCCUUGGCCGCGCGGUGGAGCGCGUGCGGAAACGCGCCAUCCCAAGGUGGCUGCUGGGAUGCCUGCCGGCCUGGGUCAAUCAGAUGUGGAAGGAGGCCGCCAGGAAGGAGGAGCCAGAGCUGCCGGUGCACGAGCCGCCCGUCGAGCAGAAGCCGUGGGCUCAGGAUCAAGGCGUCGGAUCAAAUGGAUAA